CAAAAUCCAACCAUUCAUCUAAAUCGGCGAUGAGGAUUGAUCUGGCCCACUUCUACUGUCUAUUAACCUUUGCGUAUAACAAUCUUGUCUCUCUCUCUCUCUUCACAUUAAUUUCUUGAUAAACCUCUUUUCUUCCCUCUCUACAAAUCUCUGAAGCAAGGCAACGCUUUUCCAUCAGAGUUUAGCAAGCAUGUCGGAGGCAACUAAAACUCCUGUGGUUUCUAAAGAAGAAGAGAAGUCUGAUGCAGCUGAAGCUACUACUUCUGCUGAGAAUCCAUCUGGACAGAGGAGGGAAGCCCCUCCUGCAGUUGGUGGAAUGCCGAAUCCAUCUGGACAGAGAAGGGAAGCACCUCCUGCGGUUCCUGGAAUGCCGAAUCCAUUUGAUUUCUCAGCUAUGACAGGAUUGCUUAAUGACCCGAGCAUCAGAGAACUAGCUGAUCAGAUAGCUAAAGAUCCUUCAUUUAAUCAGAUGGCAGAGCAGCUCCAGAAAACAUUUCAAGGGGGUGCAGUUGAAGAUGGCAUUCCCAACAUUGAUCCCCAACAAUAUUACUCAACUGUGCAGCAAGUCAUGCAAAAUCCACAAUUCAUGAGCAUGGCCGAGAAGCUUGGUAGUACAUUAUUGCAGGAUCCAGCCAUGUCUGGAAUGCUUGAGAGUUUGACAAAUCCAGCCAAUAAAGACCAACUUGAAGAACGAAUGGCACGUGUCAAAGAAGAUCCAUCUUUGAAGCCGAUUCUUGAUGAGAUUGAGAAUGGUGGUCCUGCUGCAAUGAUGAGGUACUGGAACGAUAAAGAGGUUCUUCAGAAGUUGGGUGAAGUUAUGGGAAUGCCUGUUGGAGGAGAGAGUGCUACUACAUCUGCUGGUGACACUGCUGAAGACGAAACUGAGGAAGUAAAUGAUGAGGAAUCCAUCGUUCAUCAAACUGCGAGUGUUGGUGACGUGGAGGGCUUGAAAAAGGCUCUCUCUGAUGGCGCUGAUAAGGAUGAAGAAGACUCUGAGGGAAGAACUGCACUGCAUUUUGCAAGUGGAUAUGGCGAGGUUAAGUGUGCACAAAUUCUUUUGGAGGCCGGAGCGAAGGUUGAUGCUUUGGAUAAGAACAAGAACACUUCUCUCCAUUAUGCUGCUGGUUAUGGCAGGAAGGAAUGCGUGGAGCUACUGCUAAAGAACGGAGCUGCUGUUACUCUUCAGAACUUAGACGGGAAGACACCUAUCGACGUUGCUAAACUGAAUAACCAGAACGAGGUGCUUAAGCUUCUUGAGAAGGAUGCAUUUCUAUAAGCUGGAGGUUGCGAACUGUACGUUUUCUAGUAUUAGCCCCGUCUACUUUCAUGAGAAGAGUAAUUCGUAUUAGCUUGAUCAUAACGUUUUCUGGAUUUAGUUCGAUUACGUCGAUCUAAGUCCUCCAGCAAUGCCCCAUGUUUGUAUUGUAGUUCCUGCCAUGAAUAAUCACUCCAUAGUUUGAUGCAGCGAGUGAUUAGAUAAUAAGAGUGGGUUCUUUUCAGUUUUUCCUAUUGUGCAAUGAUUCAUUUAUGUACCAUUUUACAAUCAGAACAGAUCAUGGCAGGUUGCAAGUACAUAUUACUAUUUUCACAGUUUAUUUUA